UUUUUCGUGUGGGUAUCGACAAACUUCUUCAAAAGUUCGGUCAGUAAAUUGUGAAUAGAGAACAGAGCGUUGGUGUGAAAUGUCCCAAAAAUAAUAAUGAAAAAGAAGAAAAAAAAUUGAACGUGACAGAAAAGCUGCGGGAGAUGUCUAUUUGGUAGGAGUAAAAUUUGGAAACAUCCGCAAUAUAUUGGCCUAUGUACCUACUUACGACGCUGAAUUGGUUUUAUUCCAAUAUUCAGUGAUUUAGAUUUUGGGAUUGCUUUGUGGCAGUAGUGCUUGUUUAAGUUUAACCGAUGAAAGUGGUUUCCAUUUUGGAUGGUCUGUUUUAUUAAGGAAUAUGCCUGCACUCCGAGGUCUGAGACAGGCGAUGUUUCUUUCGCUUCUGGCAAUGUUAAUAGGAUUGACCGCAGCAGGAGAAAAAUGGAACAAACAGGACUAUCACUUUCAUGGAAACUCCUUAGAAUCACCCAAGUCACAAAUCAAUCGACUGGAUGUGGUCUGUAGCAAAGAUUACAUGACGGUUCACAUGGGAUUUGACCUACCAUUCUAUGGGGUAGUCUACUCUAAUGCAGGGCAUCACCAGGAAAAAUGUUACCAUGUCGCACCAAGAGCGGGUGUGCAGGAAGUCACAUUCCAUAUAAAAUACGAUAGCUGUGGAACAAUAGAGGAUCUAAGUGGUAAAUUUCAUGAAAACACUAUAAUUAUACAGUAUGGUGAAGAUAUUCUCGAAGCAUGGGAUGAGGCGAAACGCCUCAGAUGUGAAUGGUUAGAAUCGUUCGAGAAACCCUCAUCCAAGCCCACAUUAGCUAUAUCUGACAUAGACGUCGUUGAACUCAAUUUUCAAGGUGAUGAUAUUGACUGUUGGAUGGAAGUACAGGAAGGAAAAGGUCCAUGGGCUCGACAAGUUGGAGGAUUAGUUCCUAUAGGUAGCCCACUGACAUUAGUCAUCGCCAUAAAUGAUCACAGUCGAGAGUUUGACAUGAGAGUCAAAAAGUGCAUUGCCAGUGAUGGUACUGGAAAUGACAUCGUAUUAACUGAUGAAACUGGAUGCGUAGUUAGGCCCUCUCUCCUUACUCCAUUUGCAAAAAUCCGUGAUUUCGGUGGAAAAGCAACACUCGUGGCAUAUUCACAUAUUUUUGCUUUCAAGUUUCCUGACAAGCUGGAUGUUCUUGUACACUGUCUGGUGGAGGUUUGUCGGCAUGGUUGUCCAGACUCUUGCAACAGUAACUUGUUCAUAGACCAUCAUCCUCACCCACGUGAGCAAUUUCAUUCCCUCGAAUCGAUAAAACAAAAAAAGUUAGCUGAAUUCGCAAGAGCUAAACAACAAAUUCAAACUCCGACUCAUUUCUUGCACGCAUUGGAAUCUAAGAAGCAAGAAAAAGUCGUCGAAUUCACAAAAGCCAACCUACCUGCACAACAGCCUCAUACUUUAGAAUCAAAGAAACCUCAAAGACCAGAAACAUCUCAGUCUAAACCUCAUCCACUUCCUCACGCUCAAGAACCUUCUCAGAGGAAGCGUCCGCUUUAUCUUACUAAAGUACCGGCUCAUGCUCUAAAAGGUCGGCAAAAGAAUAGAGAUUCUUUAGUAACGGCUGAACAGAAAUUACAUCUAAUAUCAUUAAAUACAAGUAUUGCUUAUCCUGAAAGAGACACCACGGCAACCUUCAAGGAAGUGUUGCCCAACAUUGAUCCAUCGGUAAUCCCAUAUGGACACAAAAUUCCAAAAACAUCAUCAUUUCCAGUAAAAAAUUCCAAAAUUGAAACUGGCAUUGAGUCUAACUCAGAGCUAGAUAUCAAAGCUGCUGCAACUCAUAACGUGGUUAACCCUCUAAACCCUGUUUCUGUUGGGCAAUAUCAUAAAAUUAUCGGCCACGAUGCUCACUGGAUUGAUUAUGGUAAUGAAAAGCAGAACCAGCAGCAUUUGAAACACCACAUACCUAUUUUGAAAGAAAUUCCGGACCUACCUCCUCAACCUGAGCCUUCAUUAUGGACUGCUGAUCAAGUAAUCCCAAUCGUGAAGGAUGCAACUCCCCAUCAUAAACAAGCAAUUGUUAAAAACGAGGGAUCAAUUUUUAAGAGUAAUGUGCAACAGAGUAUUAAACCUUUAUCGUAUAUUCCGCAACCUGAACCAUCUGCCUGGUCAGCUGAUGAUGUAAAGGUUUUGACUAAAGAGGAAGUAUUUCAUCAAACUAACAAACACUUUAAUAACCACCAUGAGAGUCCAAUCAGAGAAAAAUUAUCAACGAAUAGUCAUAAAAAUGAUUAUUUUUUCCCUGGUCCUGAAGAACCCAAACCAGAGCCGGCUCCUUGGACAUUUGAAGAGGUUCGUCCUAUGCACAAUCCUGGAGUUCUUCGUCCCCACAUAGAAAAGAAACGCAUAGAAGAACCAAAACCAGAACCUGCUCCUUGGACAUUUGAUGAGGUGAAACCAUUAACAAAAGAAGACUUAAAAUCUCACUCAUUAAACUAUAAAUUAAAAUCUCAAACACAUUCGGAUGGGGUACUUCCACUAUACAAAGAAGCGUUCCAUCCUCAGGAAGGACCUACUCCUAAUCCUUUCCCUGAACCUAUUUAUGUGCCCAGAUAUACCCUUCCGCCUACAAAUAUGUCAUCGGCAAUGAUGUCAAAAAUGAUGAUGAUGAUGCCGACCCUCUUACCGUUCACGUACCAGACUGCUAGGUGGCCUCAAAAGACGACGGCUCGUGAUCUAAAGCAGGAUAAGCGGCACUACCCAUAUCCGAUUCCGCAAUUUACCCACAAACAACAAAUGAUGAUGAGCGUUAUAUCUGAUCGCAGAAUGGACUCAGAAGAAGAUCUAAUUUAUGAGGACAAUCCUGCUUCUAAGACGGAAGCUAGUAAAGUCGAUGCAGAUCGCUUACCAAACUCCGAAAAACACCAGACUGACACGCUUUAUCAGACAACAAAACAAUCAUUUGAUCAUAUGGAAAUAAAUGACGAAACUGAUUCGAAAACUUCCAACACUCUUCCAGCCCCCAAUCAAGCAGGAGAUGCUUCUCCUGCAAUGAGGUCCCCCAUUGCGGGAUUCGUACCCCCAUCACUGGACGAUGGUGGUUUGGGUCUCAAACCAGACAAAGACAGAACUGGAUAUGCACCAAGAGCACUGAACAGGAAAAAAAGAUCCUCCGAGCCAGUGUUUGGCGUUAAACAGAGAUUCCAAGCGAUAGCUCCGUCUGACUUGGCUUUCGAAUUUAAUCUCACCAGAGAAAACAUGGCGAUUUUCAGAGGUCGAAGGGAAGAAAUCGUUUAUGGCGUGUGCAUGUCCCCAGCAAGUAUGAGUGCUAGCGUAGGUCUCAUACUCAUACUGACAUUAUUGUCUAUCAUAGCUUCUCUUGUUCUGUAUGAGCACAGUUGGAGACUCAGUAACAAGACACAGCAUUUAUCACUGUUACACAGAGCUUUUAAUGGCAGAUUUGAGGCUCUAUACAGAGUCCCUGCUCAAAGACAUGAAUUAACUACUCGAGAUAUAAGAUAGGUGAUUGUGGUAAAUGUAAAAUAUAAAAGUUCAAAUAUAGACUUAUUUAACUUUGGCAGCUGGCUGCUGAAUUAUGGAAACUAUUGGUGAAUUUUACGAACAAAUAAAACCAAAAACUAACUAUUUAUAUAUAUUUCUGUGUUUUUCUUUGUUUGAAUAAAAAGAUUGUUGCUCA